AUGAUGGAUAAUGAGAGCAAGAGACGUGUGGAUGUGACAGUUCAGAAGAGACUCAGGAGCAUCUUGAAACAGAGAUUUGUCUCGCCGACAGAUGCCAUGCUGUCGCCUUGCUCAAAGCGGUUGAACUUGUACAGGUCUAAAGUGUAUGCUGCAAAAAAGACUCCGAGGAAGUUGCAGUUCUCAGAAUCUGCGACCAAGACGCCGAGCAAGAAACAUCAGAGUUGA